AGUGCCACAGAUGUGCGUAACCUUAAGCAAGCCACUUAGUCUCUCUGUGUCUCAGUCCCCCCACCCCUUUACAAUGUGGUAAUAAUACUGUUCUACCUCACAGAGGUGUAGUAAGGAUAAAUACAUUAAAGACUGUGAGGUGUGUAGAUACUACAGUAAUGAGGACCAUUAGAUCAUUUUGUUUUCAAGGCCUUCAUAAACAUUAGCUAAUUCUGCUAACAGCCCUGUUGGUUAAGCACUACCCCCAAGCUGACAAGCUACACCAAAUUCUGAGGUUCAGGUCAUGAAAUCCAGCACUUCCCAUGGGAUUCUUCUGUAAAUCAGAGUGGGGCAACACAAAGCUCCUGGAGGAGAGGUAGGGCCUCCUUGAUUUCCAAAGAUUAGCUGACCUAGAAAUCCCAUCCACUUUUCCUCAUUUGUAAAGAAGGAUAAUGUGACAUGAGGUCUUGUAGGAGGGGAUUGAACUGUGGUCUCAUAAAGGUAAGAAGGCAUCUUCCACAGAGGGCAAUUUGAUUUUUUUUUUUUAAAUUAAGCAACAUUAAAGUGACAAACCAGUUUCCUUACUUUUAUGUUGAAGCUGCUGAAGCAGUUCAUUUCCUGUUAUCACACGGGCACGAAUCCGCAUGACUUCUUCUUAGGAAACUGACAAGAGCGGAAGAUAGAACCCAGUUUGAAACCGCACCCCCAGAGUGCUAUGUGGGAAGCAAACAGCACCAUAGCCACCUAAGAGAUUCUUCUUACAAAGUUUUGAGAGAAAUCAAAAACAGUUGAGAAUCAUGAAAGUCAGAUUAUUCCUUGGUGUUCUGCUAUUACUAAACCUUUUAAGUUCCUGUUAUUCUUAUAAGCCAAAUACUUUGCCUGAUAUAGAAGAUACACAGUUUAUUAAGGAGUGCGUGAAUGCUCAUAACAACUUUCGGUCCAAGGUGAAUCCACCAGCCAGUAACAUGCUUCACAUGUCCUGGGACUCUGCUUUAGCUAAGAGUGCCAAAGCAUGGGCAAAGCGAUGCCACUUUGAUCAUAAUGUCUACCUUAAAGUACAUGGAAAAGUGCACCCUAACUUUACUCCAGUUGGAGAAAACAUCUGGACUGGCUCUCUCUCUCUUUUCUCUGUGAGUGCAGCUAUCAGCAACUGGUAUAAUGAAGUCACAGCCUACACUUUUGAGACCCGCCAUUGUACAAGAAUAUGUGGCCAUUACACCCAGGUUGUUUGGGCUACAAGUUACAAAGUUGGCUGUGCAGUUCAGUUCUGUCCUAGCGUUACAGGUUUCAAAGGGCUCACCAAUGGAGCACAUUUUGUUUGCAACUAUGGACCAGCUGGGAAUUACCCAACACAGCCUUAUAAAACAGGAGCAGCAUGUAGUGACUGCAAUGGUGAAAAGUGUGUGGACAAGCUCUGUGAAAAUCCAGAACGUGAGAAAUUGAAAAGUUACUCCAGUUGGUAUCCAGACUGGGACACCCCUCCACGCCCCAACCCCUCUGGUGCUCCACGCCCCAACCCCUCUGGUGCUCCACGCCCCAACCCCUCUGGUGCUCCACGCCCCAACCCUCCACGCUCCUCAUGUGACCAAUACUGUAUUACUGUUUUAAUAGUAAGGCUACUGUUUGUGUUACUGACUUUUGGUGCUGUCUUAGUAGUACAAUGGCAGUAUCCCCAGAUAUUUAUAUAUGAGUAAUCUCCAUUUGCCUCCUAUUGUCAAUGUACAUAAGCAUUAGUGCCAGCCAGGUUUCAGAGUAGCAGCCAUGUUAGUCUGUAUUCGCAAAAAGAAAAGGAGUACUUGUGGCACCUUAGAGACUAACAAAUUUAUUUGAGCAUAAGCUUUCGUGAGCUACAGCUCACUUCAUCGGAUGCCAGUUUUCCUGGGCUGCUCAUGAUUGUUUGGGACAAGGAGAAGGAGGAGGAAGGUAUGUUAACUAUUCAAUCAAAACCAGACAUUUUGUACCUCUCUGCACCCCAGGCGUACCUCUUUGUUGUCCAUUCUUUUCCCUACGAAGCACCUUAGAACACAAGGCCAGAAGGUGACAGCUUUAGAUAUUUCACUAUAACUGCCUUCUCCUAACCAUCACCAUUGUCAAGUAAUGAUCUCCCGUAAACCCAUCAUGAGAAUCACCCCAGAUACCUUCCCUAAAGGGUUCCGCAGUUAGAGGGUCAUUGCCAGUGGUGAGCUGCAGCCGGUUCGCACCGGUUCCUGGGAACCGGUUGCCAAAUUUUGAAGCAGUUUUAGAACUGGAUGUUAAAAAUUGUUAGGAAAACAAAUGUUAUAAAAUGAUCUUAAAACGUAUAAUCUUAAUCUUAUAAAAUGGUGUAGAAAAUAAUAGGGCAGGGGUCGGCAAAGGCGAUUUUUACUGGCACGCUGCUGCCAGCUGGGGUCCGCUGGUCCCACUCAGCCCACUGCCUGCCUGGGUAAACGGAACUGAGCAGGGCCCGCGGCCGGGACCCCGGCUGGCAGGAGCCGGAGGCCGGAACCCCAGACCGGCGGCGGGUGAGCCACUGCUGGUCUGGGGUUCUGUCCGCCACCCUGCUCAGCCUGCCACCGGACUGGAGUUCUGACCGCUGGCCCCUUGCCAGCUGGGGUCCCAGCCAUUGGCCCCUCUCAGCCCGCUGCCUGGCUGGGACCCCAGCUGGCAAGAGGCCAGGGGCCAGAACUCUAGUCCGGCGGCGGGCUGAGCUGGGUGGCGGACAGAGUCUGGGGUCCCGGCCGCCGGCCCCUUGCCAGACAGGGUCCCGGCCGCCGGCCCCGCUUAGCCUGCUGUCAUUCUGGGGUUCCGUGGGGGGCACAGGUAAAUGUAAAAUUUAUAACUGGCACGGGAAACCUUAAAUUAAUGAAGACUUGUAAUGCGGUGUACAAAAUAAACUUCAAAUGCAAAGGGACGCGGAAUUCUAGCAAUUAAAGAGCCGUUUCUACAACAGAUAGUUCAAGAUUUAUGUUGCUAGGCGCGUGCGCAUGUAAUGUCGCAGGCUGCGACUCGGUCGCAUCCAAGUUCAUCCUGAUGCAAGACAAACGUCUCGUUUAUUAUUUUAUUAACGGGGGUUGCACUUGCCUUGUUCGUGCACUUGCUCAACUGUUUUCUAUACAAUUCAACACGACCAGUGAGUCGUAGUCGGUCUGUUUCUAGUAAAUUGUGUGUGAUAUUUCGGUGUGUAAUACUAACUGGACUGUUAUUCGAAGAUUAAAGUUUUCUAUUCAAUAUUAUUUAUCCUUCAUAAGGAAUCGCCAGAAAAGCAUUAGUGACUGGUUUUCCACUAAAAUGACAAAAUCAUUUGUCAGUAGUUCUAGUAGUGAAAAUAAUGAUUUAAAAACUGAAAAUGCCAAUGCCAAUAAUUUUGGUGAUGAAAAUAUCUUAAAUGUUGAAUCAUCUGAAAAUGUGUCCGCAAUGGAAGAGGAUUUACAUGAUUGUGAAAAUGUAGUACCCGAUUGUUGGACUUCCAAGCAGGCACAAUAUUUUUUAAAGAAAUAUAAUGGCUUGAUAAUUGAAAGCAAAAAACUUGGCUGUUCCCACUGUGCAAAUAUGUCACAUUUGGGGGUCCUUGGAGGAAAAUCUUGACACAUUUCUUUGGAAUGGCAAAAGUGUACUAUUAAAGCCUCUGGAACUGAUAAAAAAGUUCAGCAAGCUUCAUUAAGAAAAAAAAUGAAGGAACAUUUCGAAUCAAGCUCUCAUUUGAGAGUUAUAAAUAUUUUAAAUGAAUCUAAAAAUAGAACCUCUCACUAGAGUGAUUGAUAAAGUUACUGAAAAAAAUAUUGCAAUAACCAGCAAAAUUUUCAACAUAGUUUGCAGCUUAGUAAAAAGAAACCGACCAAUGUCAGAUAUGGAGGAUGAAGUAGAGCUACAAAUUAAGAAUGAAACCGAUUUAGGGAACUGGCUACAUUCUUGAUUUUCGGCCAUCAGAAUCGUAGAGCAUAUUGCUGAAUUAAUAAGAAAACAAAUUUUUAGUAAAAUCAUUGAAAACAAUUCAAAGAUUUGCAUUAUUAUUGAUGAAGCUUCUACAAUUUCAAGUAAAACUGUGCUUGUAAUUCUUAUAAAAUGUGAAAUACAAGAUUCUUCACCAACAAUUUUUCUCAAUUUAGUGGAAUUAGAAUCAACAAAAGCAGAAAAUAUUUACAAUGCUUUGAGAAAUACGUUAACUGAUACAGGAUUUGACACAGAAUAUUUAAAGAAAAAUUUAAUUGGAUUUUGUUCUGAUGGCGCGAGCACCAUGUUUGGACAUAAAUCUGGAGUUGCUACAAGACUCAUUCAGGAUUUUCCAAACAUUAUAAUUUGGCAUUGUUUGAAUCAUCGGCUACAACUGGCUUUAGAUGAUGCUAUAAAUGAUAUUAAUGAAUUAAGCCAUUUCAAGAUUUUUUUGGACAAGAUUUAUGCAAUUUUUCAUCAGUCAAAUAAAAGUCAGUUUGAACUUAAACAAGUUUCUGAAGAACAAUAUAUUGAAAUAAUGAAAAUAGACCGUGUUUUUGGUCCACGAUGGGCUUCUUGUAGCCUUAGAGCUGUCAGAGCUGUCUGGAGAGCUUAUCUAGCUCUUUAUAUCUAUUUUUCCAAAAAUAAGAAAUUUUCUGGCAUGGAAAAAAGAUUGAAAGACAAAGAAUUUUUAAAAGACUUGGCAUUAAUGAUUGACAUUUUGGAUGAACUUGAUUAUCAAAUGCACUGCAAGCGAGACAAUUGAGUUUAACAAAGGCAGAUAAGCUAAUCGAACGAACGAUUGAUUUUUUUCAUACAAUUAAAAGAUAGUUUUGGUAUACAUGAAAAUAAAAUUAAUGAAAUGAUAGAAAGUGAUGCUUUUAAAUGCAUAGAGUUUGAAGAUAAUGUAAGGUUUAAAUCACUGCCACGAGACAAAGUAAUAGAGUGUAUUAUUGAAAAAAUGAAGGCAAGAUUAUUAAACGAAAAUCACAUUAAAUAUAAAGAAGAUAAUUUAGGUCAUUCUAGUAAAACACCUAAAAUAGUUGAAUUAUUCAAUGUUAUGGAUCCCACUUCAUGGAAUAUUGAAGAAGUCAGGUUACCUUGGAAAUCAGGAGAAGAAAAAGUGCAUGAAUUAAACAAAUUCAUAAAAUUGGUAGUCGAUUUAAAUGAUUUUCGUGACUAUGUAGAGAAUAACAUUCAAUCAAAACAUCUUCCUGAUCCGGAAAUAAGGAAAGCAAAGCAAAUUAUGAACACAAUUGCAAUUAGUUCUGCAGAAGCAGAAAGAGCUUUUUCGUUGAUGAAUAUUAUUUGUAGUGAUAAAAGGGUGAAUUUAACAAUUACACAUAUCUCAAGCUUUAUGACCAUCAAUUUGUUGGGAAAACCACUAAGUUCCUGGAACCCAAUACCAUAUGUUAAAGCAUGGAUGAGAAGUCAUUGAUCCACAUUAGAUACCCGAGUUUGUGUAUCCAACACCAAAGAUUAUGGAGAAGAUCAAGAAGCCAUUUGGAAAUUACUACCUAAUUAGUAAUAAAUAAUGUACUUAAAUAUUCUUUAAAAUAUUGCUUGUUGCAUUGUAUACUUCAACAUGAAUAUAUUACACUUUUUAUUUUUAAUAACUUAAGUAGUUCACAUGUAAUAUUUUAAAAUACAAAAAUAAUAGGCAUUUCAUUCUUAAAUAUUAUUAUCAUUUGCUUACUCAUACAUCUCUUCUUUAUAUUUUCUUCCUUUCAAAUGUAUUUUAAAUUCAUUUAAGAAAGCAAUACUUUGUUUCUAUUGUAAUAAAAAUGUAAAAAUGCU